AUGAAAGAUGACCAAAUUAAAAUGCGCAAUAUGAUUCUUAUAAAAGAUUUGAUUAAUUCAGAUUUACAAAUAUUUGAGGUAAUUUAAUUAUUGCUUGGAAUGAAGUCUGGUGAAAUAAUUCAAAACAUGAAUGACGACACGUCUCUAUCAUCUGAGGAUGACGAACAGACUUCCAAGAUUAUAGAAAAUGAUCCAACAGGUCGUUUUAGUAAGUACAAUGAAGAAAUUGGAAAAGGAGCCUAUAAGAGUGUUUACAGAGGAUAUGAUAACGAGAGUGGAUGCGAAGUAGCAUGGAAUGUAGUAAUUUUAUAAUUCAUUUUACAUUUAGACGAAAUAAGAAGAGCCAGAUAAGAGAUAACAAUAUUGAAAACAUUGAAACACAAGAACAUCAUUAAUUUUAUACAUUCAUGGUAGAGCAGAUCGAAGAGGCAAAUCGUUUUCAUCACCGAAAUUGUUAAUGGAGGAUCGUUGAAAAAUUACCUUAGGAGAAUCACAAGACCUAAGCUAAAAGUCAUUAAAUAUUGGUGCAGACAGAUCUUGGAAGGAUUGGAAUACAUGCAUUAACAAAACAUUAUCCACAGAGAUUUGAAAUGCGAAAAUAUCUUGAUUGACACAAACAACAACGAAUUAAAAAUAGGGGAUCUUGGCCUAUCGAUUUAAAUGCAAUCCAAUAAUACAAAUUCAGUACUGGGAACACCAGAAUUUAUGGCACCUGAAAUAUAUCACGGAAAUUAUGACACUAAGGUUGAUAUCUAUGCUUUCGGGAUGUGCAUUCUGGAAAUAGUGACUGGCAUGAAACCUUUUUGUGAGUGCAAAGGCGGGACUGGUUAGGUCAUCAAAAAGGUUAUGGAAUCUCAAAAGCCUUAGAGUUUAGAAGGAAUCUUAAAUGAAAAGAUUAAAUCCAUCAUUUUAGAGUGUCUCAAACCUGCAAAUGAGAGACCUACUGCUACUUAACUGUUGAACCAAUAUUUUUAAUCCUCCCACAUUGAUGAAGACAAUUCUCCUGUUUAAUUAAAUGAGUCACUUCUGAACUAGAUCUCACAUGACAGCAAAAACUCCUCCUUCUUCAAGAAUAACUUAUCUAAAAACAUCAGUGAAGUCAAGGGAACUACUAACAAUCACAUUAAUAAUAAUUUUACUAAUUAACCCAAUAAACUAAUUCUCUUUCAGGAAUGCAAUCCUAAUUCAAUGAAACAAUCUGAUGUAAGACAUUGUGAAUAAUAAAAUAAGUUAAGCAUGGAUACUGCUGAUGAUUUCUCAAUUGAGUAAUAAUUCGGCAAACAAUACAAAGAAUAUUAUAUCACUCAAAAUGACGAAACCCUGUUGGACUUAGAAUAAAGACAAGAGAGAGAAUUACAACUAUUAUUAACAUUACAUAAACAGCAAAAGGCUGAUCUCUCGAAUAAGCUUCAAUAAACAAAUAGAUCUAUUAUACCAUAUGGAUCAGGGUUUUUAUCACCAAAAUCAUUCUCCACCUUAUUUGAAUUCAACAAUGACUAACAUCAACAAUUAUAAGGAAACUAAUAGUAAUCUCAAAUCUUGAAAGUCUUUCCUGUAAGUGAAAGUACAAAUUCAGAAGAAAUUGGAAGAAAGCCAAACAACAAAGAAGAUGAUUUGAACAUGAUUUAAUCAAAACAACCAUGUAAAUUAUCUACAGAUGUUGUUGUGUAAUCAAAAGUUUAAAAUGUCAGAACUCCUAUUUAAGGUUGA